AUUGGAGAUGAUUUCUUCUUUCCCAGAAGGUUCUGUAAUUCUGUAGUGGAUGAGCUUUAUGUGUAAAUGAGGUUAGAUACAAGGACGUGUGUGUUAGUGUUUCUGUAGGAAAGCUUGUAGCAAAUUGAUGGCGUAGUCUCUAACACUAUUGUUCUGUAUUUGAUUCAAAUUUCGUUCCUUGAAUGUGAUUAUGCCACACUUUGGACAUAGAGUGGUAUUAUUAGCUGAUUGUUUGUUGAAUUUAUCCAAGGCUUCAAAAUAUAAGCGUGGUAGAUAUUUUUGUAUUAUUGAGUAACACAGGAAGAUCUCAGAAGAUGUGCAGCAGUUGGGACCACUCUUUUGCUACAUGGAAACCUAAUAAUAAACUGCCAUGUCUCAGGAUUGACUGUCACUUGGUAACUUAAAGCAUAGUUUUAAAGCCUGUUAAAAGUUGCUCUUAUCAGUAUGCAUUUUUUAUGGAUUUGAUUAUACUUUUUUAUGUUAUUGUUCCUCAAAUCCUCAGUCUUUUCUCUCCUUAUGUUUUCAGGGAUAACUUGAGAAUUCAUUUCUCUUUUGCCAUACCAGUCUCCAGUUUUUUUGCAUCUAAAUCGGUUGUGUAAGCAACGAAUUGGAAGCACACACAACUAACCCUGAGCAUAUCUGGACAUCACAUGGAAUGUCAAUGCUACUAUUGGAGAAAGCCAGGUCAUUGCAUAAGUAAUGAUAUGUACCUAUGUUUUUGUUUAAGAGGACUGGGAAUCAAAGCCUUUUCUAAUGGCAUCACUGAACCCUACGGCUGCAAAUUCGUUUUCAUCUGCUUCGUCAAUUGUCUUGUAGAGGAUAAAGAUGCUGGAGCUAAAUGAAUAUCUGGUUAACAAAAAUAUCUCUUCCUUCAGUUUAGAGAGCAAUCCAAUAAUGAAAUGUAAAGAAAUUAUAUCUUGUCAAUUCAACGCCAGCAUCAUACAUCGUUUCAAUUUCUCUGCAUUUACAAGAGACGUUGGUAGCUGCUGUGGUGGUCUUAAUUAAUGUCAUCGGACUUUACCCUAUGCGUCUACUUCUAACCUAAUGUAACUUGAUAAUUGGUAUACAGUGAUUUCUUGAGUCCUUAUCCUGGUGGUCGAGUUUGGACCGCUGAAGCUCUGUCCUUGUUGACUCGUCAAGCAUCAGGACAAUGACAUAUUAUAAGUGCAUAAUGUUGCUUUGCAGCCUACCAUAAACAGUUAACUACUGA